AUGCUCCAGCAUGGUAGUGCUGAUGUAAGAGCAGACUCCUGUGGUUAUAGAGCAGGGCAAGAACGUGUCCUGAUAACUUGGAGUUCUUUUAAAAGUGAGUUCCAGAAAACCACCUGUGCCCACCAGGAGGGAAGCAGUUGGCAGCAGGUCGGUGCUGUCACCACUGAGAGGGCAGCAGUGGAGGAGACCCCUCAACAGAAAGGGUGUAGUGCUCCCAGGGAGCCUGUGCCUGGGGACAGGGCCAUCCUUUCAGUGGCAAUAGUAGCUGACCUGCGGGUGAGGGUGGCCGUGUGCCGGGACAGGCAGCUCAGGAAAAUCAAGACCAAUUAUUUCAUUGUUUCCCUUGCUUUUGCGGACCUGCUGGUGUCAGUGCUGGUGAUGCCGUUUGGAGCCAUUGAGUUGGUUCAGGACAACUGGAUCUACGGGGAGAUGUUCUGCCUGGUCCGAACGUCCCUGGAUGUCCUGCUUACCACAGCAUCCAUCCUGCACCUCUGCUGCAUCUCGCUGGACAGGUACUAUGCUAUUUGCUGCCAGCCUCUGGUUUACAGGAACAAGAUGACUCCUCUGCGCAUCGCUGUCAUGCUUGGAGGGUGCUGGGUAAUCCCAACGUUUAUUUCUUUCCUCCCUAUCAUGCAAGGCUGGAAUAGCAUUGGCAUCAUCGAUCUGAUCCAGCAAAGGCAGUUCAACAAGGCUUCCAACUCCACUUACUGCAUAUUCAUGGUCAACAAGCCAUACGCCAUUACCUGCUCCGUGGUGGCCUUUUACAUCCCCUUCAUGCUGAUGGUGCUGGCCUAUUACCGCAUCUACGUGACGGCGCGGGCGCACGCGCGGCAGAUCCGGGUGCUGCAGCGCGCGGGGGCCCCGGCCGAGGGCAGGGAGCAGCCCCCAGACCAGCACAGCACCCACCGCAUGAAGGCCGAGACCAAAGCUGCCAAGACCCUGUGCAUCAUCAUGGGCUGCUUCUGCCUGUGCUGGGCCCCCUUCUUUAUCACAAACGUGGUGGACCCUUUCAUAAGCUACACGGUGCCGGGGAAGCUGUGGACGGCUUUCCUGUGGCUGGGCUACAUCAAUUCAGGGCUGAACCCUUUCCUCUACGCCUUCCUGAACAAGUCCUUCAGACGUGCCUUCCUCAUCAUCCUGUGCUGCGGCGACGAGCGGUACCGAAGGCCUUCCAUCCUGGGGCAGACAGUGCCCUGCUCCACCACCACCAUCAACGGGUCGACGCAUGUGCUAAGGUACACUGUCUUACGUAACGGGCACCAUCAGGAACAUGAGAAGCUUCCCAUCCACAAUGACCCUGAAUCCCAAGAGUCCUGUUUUUAG